AAAAAAAUUUCUUUGCCCAACCAACUUCAACUGAAGGAAUAUCCUCUGAGUUUGGUUAAUUGUGCUGCAUAGUACAUACUUUGCCAUUCAGUUUCUUUGGUUAUCAAUUGUUUCUACUGUAAUCUAAUUUCAUUUUAUAAAAAAAGGGGGUGGGGAAUGCCCAUCCCUGAAAAAAUCCCCGAGGGGACGGGGAUGGGGGAAAUUUCAAAUCCCCGUCGGGGAAUGGGCCGGGAGGACCUAGUUCGGGGAUGAGGACCCCACUCCCCGCCCCGCUCUGUUGCCAUCCCUGCUGACAAACCAACUACGCUAAGCCAGGGAAAAAAAUUGUAAUUCUUGCACUUAUGAUUGACAGAUUGAGUUAAUUUAUAUUUUUUUUUUGUCUCGAUUUUUUAAGUGAUAUACUAUAAUUUUUAUCUAGAAAUUAUGAAAAAAAUUAUUUCUCAAAACAAUCUUUACAAGAUACAAUUAAUUACAUAAUAUGAUACAAUGUAUAAAGUAUAAACUAACGUGUCUGUGGAAGAACCCUAGAUUUCAUAAUCAUUUUCUCACAGAUGGAGAAAUUCAGAGCUGUUCCAAAUCAAUCACGCCAAAACUUCACCGCGAUUAGUUCCUCCUUCCUCAAAGAAGUGUAUUUGUGUGACUGGUGGCUCAUCAAAUUCCCAACGAAUUCCAAAUCCGAGAGAAUAGGAGUAGCGGGCUUCACUUUUAGAGAGAGCCAAGAUGCAAGAAUAUUCCACUCUGCUGCAAUUUCUAAGAGGAUCGAUACAGUUACGCUUGAGGCAGUAGAUGGCAUUGUUAUUGUAGUUAGUGGUUGCAUCAAUCGGUCUCGCACAAUCCAAAAUGGCUUCCCAUUUGAGAUCUGCAACCAUUUUUGUGUUGGAUUUCCAUAUUACUGGGAGGAAAUUGCUGGUCAACCCCGUGAACAGUCAACAAACCGAUAUGCUUUACCAAUGAUUUCGUUUGAUGAAUCGAAACUGUCAUCAGCUGAAGGAAUAAGUAACUCUGAUUUUAUUUCAUUUGAUGACCUGCCAGCAACUUUUCUCCGGGAUUUCUGUGAGCCCGGCCUUUAUGAUUCAGAAAGCUGCAUGACUAGUAAAGAUCUUCCCGCUGAGAUACCACCUCAAAAUGGCAGUGUUGCAUCUAAAAAUAGUGGAAUUUCGGGUUAUAAGAACCCAAGAGCUUCAAGUGGGGUUUCAAGUCGACAAAGGAAAGAUAAAGUCAAGAAGAAGCCGGAUAGGCAAUCGCCUAAAGUAUUUGAGAGAAGCGAGGGGCGUAUUACUAGAAGUAUGACUAAGGGUAAAAUGUUUCAGGGAUGAGCCGGGAGUGAAGAGAACUAGAAGUGCGGGGAAUUCAUGCAUGAUAUUACAUGGCCUCAACAAACGUGUGGAGCUAAGAAAUCGGCAAAAGGUCCCAAGAGUCAUGGAUGAGAGCCAGAUGAAGCAAUCCGAGCACAUUUGCUGAAAAGCAAGCCGAACAUCUGGAAAAAAAAGUAGUAAGGGCCAACUUGCCUAUUUUUACAUGCCUACUAUUCAGCGAGGGGAUUAGUCACUGUGUUCGACUGUGGAAAACCUGGGAAUACCCAAAAAACAAGGAAAAUGAAUUGCAAAAUGGCAAGUUAUGAACUUGUGCACCAUUUGGCUAUGAUAACAUGUUACUUUUUUCUUCUGUUCAGUGCCUGUCUUUGCAUCCUCUCCGAUCUUUGCCAACUUUAUGGAGCAUACUGGUAUGUGGAAGUUUGCUUGAACUGGGAGGCCAUGCCCAAUUUGAAUUGUGAACAUUUAGUAUGUAAAUUGUGAAUUUUAGAUCAGGGUCCACCUUGCAAGGUGCGGGUCCAUGGUAUAACUGUCGUGUUUGGAACCAAUUGGCUCACAAUACAAAUGUAAAUUUGUAGCUCAAUUAGAUGACAUAUGAUCUUGUAAUUACUCUUGGUGAUGUCUAAAGAAUUAAUAUAUGGACUGAUUUUGUA